GAUACUAAUGUUUCAAUUAUUAUGUUUUAGAUUCUUGAACACACUGAAAGGGUUUGUUCGAAAUAGAGCUCAUCCAGAAGGGUCCAUAGUGAAAGCAUAUCUUGUUGAUGAAUGUUUGACGUUUUGUUCCAUGUAUCUCAAUGGAAUUGAAACGCAAUUCAAUGCCCCUGAGAGGAACUUUGAUGUAGAAGUAGAUGAUGAACUAUCUAUAUUCUCAAGUAAAGUGCGACCUCUUUGUACUGGGGAUUAUGUUUCAUCAUCAACUGAAGAAUUGAAUAUGGCUCAUUGGUAUGUACUUAGCAAUUGUGAGGAGUUUCAACCAUAUCUUGAGUAAGUUCUUAGCAAUAAAUAGAAUUCAAAUAUAAUUUUUAGGGUUUUAGCAUUCUCAUACGUAAUGUGAUUUUAACUAGGGAGCAUUUGGCUUCAAUUGAUGUACAUGAUCCUGUGAGGAAACAACAAAUACACAAACAUGAAUUUUCAAGAUUGUUCAAAAGACGGGUGAGUUAAUUUGAUUUGAAUUUUACAAAAAGAAACACAUGUUAUGGAUUUCAUAAUUAACUAGUCUUUCAUUGUCAUUUGUAGAUGAUAAGUACAUUAUCUUCUAGUCGAACCAGAAACACACUGGCCUUGCACUCAUUAUCUGCUGGUCCUCUACCUUCUAUUACCAAAUAUUAUGGUUGCAUUGUCAAUGGUGUUCGAUUUCAUACCAAGGAUAGAGAAAGUCGUCGGAAAAGUCAAAAUAGCGGAGUUGUAGUGGAAGGGUAUCAUAUUGAAGAAGUCAUUGAUUUCUAUGGAGUCUUGGUGGAUAUUAUCCGAUUAGAUUACAUAAGAGAUAAACAUGUGUUCCUCUUCAAGUGUGAUUGGUUUGACGUGGAUAAGCGAAAAUCGAUAAUUUUGAAAGACGGUGCAAUAACUAGUAUUGGAGUUGAUCGUUGUUGGUACUCAAGUGAUCUGUUUGUGUUUGCUAGUCAAGCUAGACAAGUCUUUUACACGAAUGAUCCAAAGUUGGGGCCAAAUUGGCGAGUUGCUCUUCAUUUUAAUCAUCGACAUAUUUUUUCUGGAGAACUUGAGAACUCUAACAAUAAUGUUGAUGAAGUGGGAGACGAAGAUGCAUAUCAAGAUGAAGAGUUACCCAAUGUGGAAUCUAAUGUGGACGGUAUUCACCAAGAUAUUGAUAUGGCAUUGCAUCGAGAUGAUGUUGUACCUCAAGUGAUUGAUGAAAUUUUAGUACUUGGAAAUAGAAGAAAACAGUCAAGAGAAGGGCAUUACCAAGACAAAAAUUAUGCUCAUGAGAGUGAUAAGGAGGGUAGUGUAGGUUCAACAUCGCCAAUAUCUGAUGAUGAAGAGAGAAUUUCAUUGCAUUUAAGUGGAACAGAGGACGAAGAAGACGAAUUUUCUUAGUGACAUGCUAUAUACUUUUCUGGUUCUGCAGUCGUGUAAUAAGCUCCACUCCAUCCUCACGUCUUAUUCCCUUUAUGAAUACACCUUUCUGAAAAUAAUUAGUCUUUUGUUUCAGGUGGGAACAAUGGUGCCAGGUCUUCCUAAAACAAAGAAUUCGGCAGCAACUACACUUGGAAAUCCGUCAAAUGAAUCAUCUUCAAUGCUGAAACGUAGUUCUGUCUUGCAACCUACCAUAGCACCACAAGUUGGCAUAAAAAAACCUAGAUCGGUGUCUUCAAGUAUACAACACAAUGUAGCGGCUGCUUCUUUUGGGACUGCGCAACAAGGAAAACAUAAAGGCUUAAGCAGCGCGUUGAACUUCAACGUUGGUGGUUCUACCUUUAGAAGACAAUCAUUGUUAGGUGCUUUUAAUGAUAUGCACGAAAUGACCAUUGGAAGUUCUCAUCCUUCACCGCAUAUGAGGGAAGCCACUGUAGCUCAUGUGGCUGGGUAUAACUCAAGUGGAAACAUGGCACUUCCACCGACUGUCACUCAGCCAGAGAUACCUAGAAAUGCAACACCCGAUGCAUUUGAGCCAGCCAGGGAAGAAGAUUCCUCACAACAUAUGGAAGAAGGCACCCCAACCACGGAGAAAAGGAAAACACGAGGGCUCACUCGUGGGGUUGGGUUACACAAGCAAAAUGAAAGAGCUGGAGAAAAGCUAAGAGUGGUGAUUGAUCUAGAUUGGGGUCGUCCAUUGGAUCCAACUUAGGAUACAGCCCUUGGAACUCAAUUGGGAAUAAUUGCUACCCCAUAUGUAUGGCCUAUUAGUAAGAAGGGUGAAAAGAAUCGAAUUCUUGAAGAAGUAAUAUUGAAGUUGGGGGUAUGUUCUUUGAUAACACUGUUGGAUCUAAUCGACAAACAAAAUGUACACUAAUACCCCUUUAUAUUGAUUUAGCUGAAAUUAAAGAUUGCCAACACCGAGGAUGAGAUUAUCAAGGAUAUAAUUUGGGAGCAUUUUUGCAAGAUUGUUGUUGAUAAAAGAUGUAGAUUCAAGGAGAAGCAUGAUAAGUUUGUUGAUCCAGAAGUGGCAAGGAGACACAAGCCAGAUAAUCUAGACCAUGAUACAUGGAACAAUUUGUUUGAUUAUUGGGGAACCCCAGAAGUUGAGGUAUGUUUAGAGUUUAAGAAUAAAGCAAGUUUUAAUACUUAGACUUGUUUGAUAAAUGGACUAUGUCAUGCAUAUAAACACAAGUUCAUUAUUACAUCAUAGGCACUUUGCGUGAAGAACAAGAACAAUCGAGCUAAUGUGAAGAAUUUUCACUGUAAAGGAAGAAGUGCUUUUGCUCCCUUGUACCAUCAGCAGGUAGCUUCUAUCCUUUGCUUUGUAGUGUGCAUAAUUGCGUGACCUACUAAGUAUGUCUUAUGUGGUAUUAUGUUAUACCAACAAAGAUUACUAUGAAAGACGGUGGUAUCAACAACAAAAUUGGAUUGUUCGAGUUGACAAGAAUCAAUAAGAAGGGGAAUUGGGUAAAUCAACACACAAAAGAAACUCAUGUAAGUUCAUAAACAAUUAAUAUGUUUCUUUGUUGGCUUACUUUAUUAUGUUUUGCUGCUGUCGAUUUGUGUUAUGGGCAAGUUUGAGUUAUCUUUUGCUUUAUUUGUAAAUAUUAGUAAAGUUAAUGUUAUCACUACUGUCCAAAUAAGUAGCUAUUCCUCUUUUCCACUUUUUUAUAUCCAAAAUAAGCUACUGUUUUGAUUCUUUUCAAUUAUUGUUGACCAACAAGUGAUGUCUUUUUUGUUUUUAGGCAAAAAUGGUGGAGAAGGUGGCUGCAAGCAAGGACAGUGACCAUCCAAUAACUGAAGAUGAAUCCUUCCAUGAGAUUCUAGGUAGUGAUCCUGGUUAUCGUAAAGGACUUGGGUAUGGUCCGCCACGGCUGCCUGCAAAAGGAAAAGAACGUGCUCAUGCUGACCCUAUCAAACUACGAGUACUCAACACCCAAUUAUUGGAUGAAAACAAAGAGUUGAAAGAUAAACUUCAUCAAAAUGAAGUAGUAACUACACCAUUGAUUGAAGAAAACAAGGAUCUGAAAGAACAACUUCUUGAAAAUCAAGCAACGACAGCAAAGACACAAGCAGAUGUGGCAAGCAUUAUGCAACUUCUUCGGAGUAUCGGUAUCAAUAUCAACCUAGGGACUGGUAAGAAAUCUUCAUUCCAUUCAUUAUACAUUAUGUGUUGGGGUCUUAUGAAGAACCUUUGUCCUUAUUCUCAUGUCAUUGCCUCUUUGUUGGGUUGUUUAUUCUUCCCUUAUUGCUACUGGUCAUGGUUGGCUUAGGAUCGCAGGCUAUUGUUGCUUUUAUUGGCUGGUUGCUGUUUUUAAUUUAUUGUGUGGAUGCACUGCUGAGAUGCACGAGAAGGAGAGAACAAACUUUCUUUUUCGUGGUUGGUGUAGAAGGGUAUUGCUAUCUCUUUAGUGGCUGGUUGUUGUAUGUCAUUUAUUGUGAUAUCUACUAUUGAGAAGCAUGAGAAGGAGAGGACAAACUACUUUUGGCUUUUGUAUCAGUGGGGAACGGUCAUGAUGCUGUUUGCACUAUUGUUUGUAAUAUUGAUAUACAUUCUUGACAUUUGAGGUGAAGUCUCUAGCAUGGGAAAUUGUGUUACAUUUCCAUGUGAGUUUAUAUUAUGUGGUUGUAUGCUAUUACUUAUAGAGAUGAUGUGUUUAUUGCAGGUUGAUUUUCAUGCAAUUGUUCUUGUGAUGGCAAGUUUUAGGUUGGGUGAAUUUUGGGAUGUGCUUCACUCUAGGUGGAUAUAACAUUCUGGGAAGUGCUAAAAGAAGCUAUAGGUGCGCAUCAUUUUUGGGGAGUGCUGCAAGAAGCCAAGUGGAUAUACAUUUUGGGAAAGGCUAAUUGUAUAGUUAGAUGAUAAUUUGUAGGCAAUGACUAGUUAAUUGUGUUAAAGUACCUUGCCAAAAAUUGAACAAUGAAGUAUGAAAUACAUU